UUGCUUAGAUUUGGUACUUUCUCGAUUCCUCUAGUGUGUAAGAGCAUGUGACACAACAGUCAUUCCAUUUUCACCUAUUUAUAGUCGGUACCAUAUCUUACGUGAUCUUUACUUUACUUGGUUACUUGGUUUUGGAACCCAGCUUUUAUAGGGAUUUGUACGCGGUGCUUUGGUGAGUGAAUUAAAUACUUAUUGAUUGUGAUCCAUCACGGUUAUCACAAGUGGGCUGCCUGUGAGAGUGCAGUAAUGGAUUCUUGCUGUGUUGUUUUGAGGGCUAAUACUCCUGUGGCAAAAGCUAGCAAAGGUGGUUUUAACAAUGGAGAUACAGAGUUUUGGGGUGAAAGGAUCAGAGGGAGUUUCAAUAACAUUUGGGCCAAUCAGUUUGCAAAAAGCUUGAAAGUUGACAAGAGUGUCAAUAAGUUCACGCCUGGUGUUGCUUUCGCUGUUUUGACAUCAAAUAAUGGCAAAGAGACUGUGACCUUACAACCGCCGCGAUUCGGGAGAAGAAGAGCAGACCCAAAAAAUGUAGCAUCAAUCAUACUAGGUGGAGGUGCGGGGACUCAGCUAUUUCCCCUUACCAGAAGGGCAGCAACUCCAGCUGUACCAGUUGGAGGGUGCUAUAGGCUUAUAGACAUCCCGAUGAGCAACUGCAUCAAUAGUGGAAUAAACAAGAUUUUUGUGUUGACGCAGUUCAACUCGGCUUCUCUGAACCGGCACCUUGCGCACACGUAUUUCGGAAAUGGUAUUAACUUUGGAGAUGGAUUUGUGGAGGUUUUAGCUGCAACUCAAACGCCUGGGGAAGCAGGAAUGAAAUGGUUCCAAGGAACAGCAGAUGCUGUGAGGCAAUUCACAUGGGUUUUUGAGGAUGCCAAGAACAGGAGCAUUGAGAAUAUACUUAUCUUGUCCGGAGAUCAUCUUUACCGAAUGGAUUAUAUGGACUUCGUGCAACAUCAUGUUGAUAGUAAUGCUGAUAUUACAAUUUCAUGUGUUGCAGUGGGCGAAAGCCGUGCAUCAGAUUAUGGACUGGUUAAAAUAGACAGCAAGGGCCAAAUUUUCCAAUUCACUGAAAAACCGAAGGGUUCAGAAUUGAGGGAAAUGCAAGUAGAUACGACUCAUCUAGGGUUGUCUCCGCAAGACGCCUUGAAAUCUUCCUAUAUUGCAUCAAUGGGGGUCUAUGUGUUUAAAACAGAUAUUUUAUUGAAGCUUCUGAGGUGGAGGUAUCCCACAUCAAAUGACUUUGGAUCUGAGAUCAUUCCUGCAGCUGUAAUGGAGCACAAUGUCCAAGCAUAUAUUUUCAAAGACUACUGGGAGGAUAUAGGAACCAUCAAGUCAUUUUAUGAAGCUAACUUGGCCCUCGCUGAAGAGCCUCCUAAGUUUGAGUUUUAUGACCCAAAGACACCCUUCUAUACAUCUCCUGGAUUCCUACCACCAACCAAAAUUGAUAAAUGUCGGAUUGUAGAUGCAAUAAUUUCCCAUGGAUGUUUCUUGAGAGAAUGCACUGUCCAACACUCUGUGGUCGGCGAACGCUCCCGUUUAGAUUAUGGCGUUGAGUUAAAGGAUACCGUGAUGCUUGGGGCAGACCACUACCAAACUGAAGCUGAAAUUGCCUCUCUUCUGGCAGAGGGUAAAGUCCCAAUUGGCGUAGGAAGGAACACAAAAAUCAGGAACUGCAUAAUUGACAAGAAUGCGAAGAUAGGGAAAGACGUGAUCAUUACGAAUAAAGAUGGUGUGCAAGAAGCAGACCGGGAAGAAAAAGGGUUUUACAUUCGAUCUGGAAUCACGAUUAUAUUAGAAAAGGCAACAAUAGAGGAUGGCACAGUUAUAUAAAUAGAUGUUGGAUCUCAAUUAUUUAUCAAGGACUUGGUUCCAAGAGGGUGUUGAGACAAGAACAUUUUGAAGCUCUUUAUUAGUGCCUAUUUAAGAAAGGAAGUGGCAGCAUUUUGGUCUCAAAAGAUAGAAGCAUGCAAGCUGCCCCUGCUUUAUCCUACGUAAACCACAGGAUCCCUCCUUGCUUGUAAAAAUAGAGCCCGAGUUAAGAUCUGAUACAAGUCCCUAGUUAUCAGCUGCUUCGGGUCUUUUUGAAGUCUGUACUUGUACAAGACUGAAAAAAGAAAUAUUUGUAUUUUGUAUGGAAUAAUGAAAUAAGCCUGUUAAUGCUUGCAAUAGAA